GGCGGCGAGAGCUGCACCGAGAGCGUUAGUGGAGCCGAGACCUGCCGUCGCGGCAGCCUCUUCGCCUCUCUCCAGCCAUGGGGCUCCUGCGUGGGCCUCUCGCGUCCCUCCUCUUCCUCCUCCAGGUACAGGUUUGCUGGCUGCCGUGCGUGGUCUCCGAGCCCUGCCAGGCGGGCUUUAGGGAGGCUGAAGUGACCUUGGAGGCAGCAGGCGCGGGCCUGGCGCAGGGAAAAGUCACAUUCACUGGCUGCCCUUGGCAAGAGCUGUCCCAGCCUGACCCUGCUAUCAGUGACAUCACUGUGCUGAAUGACAGAAGAAUCCAGGAAAGGAAGUCAUCAAAGAUCCUCUCAUCCAAACGCAUCUUACGAAGGCGCAAGCGAGAAUGGGUGAUGCCACCAAUAUCUGUCCCUGAAAAUGGCAAAGGUCCCUUCCCUCAGAAGCUGAAUCAGCUCAAAUCGAACAAAGACAGAGGCACCAAGCUUUUCUACAGCAUCACAGGCCCUGGAGCGGAUAGUCCCCCUGAAGGUGUUUUCACCAUAGAGAAGGAGACAGGCUGGUUGUUGUUGAAUAAGCCCCUGGACCGAGAGGACAUUGCCAAGUAUGAGCUUUUCGGCCAUGCUGUGUCUGAGAACGGCGCCUCCGUGGAGGAGCCCAUGAAUAUCUCCAUCAUGGUGAUAGACCAGAACGACCACAAACCCAAGUUCACCCAGGAUGUCUUCAGAGGGAGUGUUCUGGAAGGUGUCCUCCCGGGUACUUCUGUGAUGCAGGUGACAGCCACAGAUGAGGACGAUGCCAUCAGCACCUACAACGGCGUGGUUGCUUACACCAUCCACGGCCAAGAACCGAAGGACCCGCACGAUCUCAUGUUCACCGUGCACCGCAGCACUGGCACCAUCAGCGUCAUCUCCAGUGGCCUGGACCGCGAGAAAGUCCCCGAGUACACACUGACCAUCCAGGCCACUGACAUGGAUGGAGACGGCUCCACCACCACGGCAGUGGCAAUCGUGGAAAUCCUGGAUGCAAACGACAAUGCUCCUAUGUUCAGGCCCCAGAAGUACGAGGCCCGGGUUCCCGAGAACACAGUAGGCCAUGAAGUGCAGAGGCUGACAGUGACUGAUCUGGAUGCCCCUAACACAUCAGCCUGGUUUGCCACCUAUCGCAUCGUGGGAGGGGACAGCGGGGACCAUUUUACCAUCACCACUCACCCCGAGAGCAACCAGGGCAUCCUGACAACCGUGAAGGGCCUGGAUUUUGAGUCUCAAAACCUGCACACCCUGUACAUAGAAGUGACCAACGAGGCCCCCUUUGUGGUGAAGAUCCCAACGGCCACAGCCACUGUAGUGGUCCACGUGGAAGACGUGAACGAGGCCCCGACGUUUAUCCCUCCCUCCAAAGUCAUCGAGGCCCAGGAAGGUCUUUCUCCUGGAGAACUUGUCUGUGUCUACACCGCUCAGGAUCCCGACAAGGAGGGUCAGAAGAUCAGCUACCACAUCCUGAGAGACCCAGCAGGAUGGCUAGCGGUGGACCCAGACAGCGGGCAGAUCACCGCCGCAGGCGUCCUAGACCGUGAGGAUGAGCGGUUUGUGAAGAACAAUGUCUACGAAGUUGUGGUCUUGGCCACGGACAAUGGAAGCCCUCCCACUACUGGCACGGGGACCCUCCUGCUAACACUUACUGACAUCAAUGACCACGGCCCAGUCCCUGAGCCCCGUCAGAUCACCAUCUGCAACCAAAGUCCCAUCCCGCAAAUGCUGAGCAUCGUGGACAAGGACCUGUCGCCCCACUCUUCCCCUUUCCGGGCCCAGCUCACACAUGACUCGGGCAUCUACUGGAUGGCAGAGGUCAACGAGAAAGGAGACGCUGUGGCCUUGUCCCUGAAGAAGUUCCUAAAGCAAGACAUAUAUGAUGUUCACCUUUCUCUGUCUGACCACGGUGACAAGGAACAGCUAACCGUGAUCAGGGCCACUGUGUGUGACUGCCAUGGCCAUGUGGAGACCUGCCCUGUGCCCUGGAAGGGCGGUUUCAUCCUGCCUGUCCUGGGGGCCGUCCUAGCUCUGUUGAUCCUCCUGCUGGUACUCCUCCUGUUGGUGAGAAAGAAGCGGAAGGUCAAAGAGCCCCUCCUGCUCCCAGACGAUGACACCCGCGACAACGUCUUCUAUUAUGGCGAGGAGGGUGGUGGUGAAGAGGACCAGGACUAUGACAUCACCCAACUCCACCGAGGUCUGGAAGCCAGGCCUGAGGUGGUCUUCCGCAACGAUGUGGCGCCAACCUUCAUCUCCACACCCACGUACCGUCCCCGGCCGGCCAACCCAGACGAAAUAGGCAACUUUAUCAUUGAGAACCUCAAGGCCGCCAACACGGACCCCACGGCUCCGCCCUACGACUCCCUGCUGGUGUUCGACUACGAGGGCGGCGGCUCCGACGCGGCCUCGCUGAGCUCCCUCACCUCCUCCGCCUCCGACCAGGACCACGACUACCGCUACCUCAGCGAGUGGGGCGGCCGCUUUAAGAAACUGGCCGACCUGUACGGCGGCGGCGAGGACGACUAGGCGGCCGGGCGGGGACUCGAGAGAGCGGGCCGCGGCCGCAGCAGC